GUGCUCGCUCACUAGAGCAAAAAACACAAAGGUUAUUCGACUUUCGCUCUUGACUAGGUAAACAAUAACCAAUUAGCCACCCAUCCGACUGCUGGCCGUUCCUAUCCCGUCGGGUCUAUUGGAUACAUUGAUACGUCAAGCCUCCAGACACCCUUUGCAGAUCAGAAACUCCGAGGACAGCUUUCAACGUUUGAACAUUGACGAACUGGCAGCCAUGGAGAAUCCAGCUACUGAGAUCCCUGCCGUCAUCUAUAGUCUGACAUAUGGGACGCAACAGCAGCAGCUAACUACCCUCAGCAACUUCUUCCUCGAGGACGCUUCUUUUGUUCACCCCUUUGUUCGAGUGCCUAGUUUUUCUCGCACCCUCCCCGUCUUGGGAGUAAUCAAUUCUCGCAUGGUCAUCUCGGCGAUCUACCGAUGGUAUCGUAUGAUGAGCCCGAUCGUCCACCUCGCGAUUGAAUCCUCAGCCUUCGACCGGACCAAUAACAUCAUGUAUGUCACCAUAUCGCAGCGCUUCGCCAUCUGGUUCAUCCCCUUCUAUGUCGCCAACGUCCGCCUUGUCUCGGUUUUGCACCUGCACCAGUAUCAACAGCAGUCCGGGGCCAGCGUCAACGGCAACAACAACGGGCAAGGCGACAACCAAGAUGGCGGCGCCCCGAUGGUCCCGGUGACCCGCUACCGGAUCGGCCGCCAGGAAGACCAGUACCAGAUAAACGAGUGGCUCAAGUUCAUCCUCCCCGGUCUCGGCUCCCCGAUCUGGGCAAUAUGGCAGGUCCUGUGCGCGGGCCUCUGCUUCUUCCUCGCGACCCUCUUCACCCUUCUUCCCGCCCUCGCCAGAUUGCCCAUGAUGGCCGUCCACCUGCUCCAGAGGAUCUGCCGGACGAUCUAGGCCAUCGGGACGGCCAUCUUCUUUCGGCUCUACGACAUGCUCAAGCCCUGGCCCCAGCCGGUCCAACCGGCCCAACCGCUCCUCAACGACCACCAACCCGGACAACCACCGAACGCGGUCCAAGUCCCGCCGCCGCCGCCACCGGGGUGGAGCCUCGGUGGCCAGGCG